GGCAACAAAAGAUGGAAUGCCCAAAGGGAGAGGUAAUGGAGAGCCAAAACCAGCUCCCACAGUCCGAGCAACGACCCAAAGGCACUACCUUCCUCAAAACUUGCUUUAACGGGAUCAACGCCUUAUCAGGUGUGGGGAUUCUCUCAAUUCCAUAUGCACUUUCUCAGGGAGGGUGGCUGAGCUUAAUACUUCUUUUCCUAGUAGCAAUUCUCUGCUGCUACACAGGGUUCCUUCUACAACGAUGCAUGGCUGCAAACCCCAUCAUCAAAACUUAUCCUGAUAUAGGUGAGGCUGCUUUCGGAUACAAAGGAAGAGCCAUGAUAUCCAUUUUCAUGUAUCUCGAGCUGUACUUAGUUGCAGUAGAGUUUCUGAUAUUAGAAGGUGACAAUUUACACAAGUUGUUUCCGGACAUGGGCUUCAAAGUCGCAGGCCUACGAGUUGGAGGGAAAAACGGCUUUGUUUUGCUCACUGCCCUUGUAAUUCUGCCAACUACAUGGCUGAAGAACUUAGGUGUGCUGGCCUAUCUUUCUGCUGGAGGGGUUUUAUCUUCUGUCAUUUUGGUUGUUUGUGUUUUCUGGGUUGGUGCUGUGGAUGGGGUGGGAUUCCAUGAAGGGGAUACGCUGUUGAAAUCGGGAGGACUCCCUACUACAAUAAGCUUGUUUGCCUUCUGUUAUUGUGGUCAUGCGGUUUUCCCCACUCUAUGCAAUUCCAUGAAAGAUAGAAGCCAGUUCUCUAAGGUUUUACUCGUCUGUUUCGUGACUGGCACCAUCAACUAUGGAGCAAUGGGAAUACUAGGCUACCUUAUGUACGGAGAAAACUCCAUGUCUCAAGUGACAUUAAAUCUUCCUCUCAGAAAAAUAAGCGCAAAAAUAGCAAUUUAUACCACACUGAUGAAUCCCCUCACAAAGUAUGCAAUCAUAACUACACCAAUUGCCACCGCCAUUGAGGCCAAGUUUCCUGUUCGAAACAGUCGAUUUAUCAGCAUCCUCAUCAGAACGGCAAUUGUGAUCAGCACAGUAACUGUGGCCUGCACUGUGCCAUUUUUCGGCUACGUCAUGGCAUUUACUGGUGCUUUUUUGGGUGUUACAGUCUCGAUACUGCUCCCUUGCUUGUGCUACCUAAAGAUGCACAAAACUGCUCAGAGUUUUGGGUCUGAGUUCAUAAUAAUUGUGGGGAUUUUGGUUACGGGGUCUUUUAUUGGUGUAUUGGGUACCUAUACUUCUCUUAAACAAAUUGUGAACCAUCUGAUCUGAUAAUUACUAGAGAUGGCAUGCACAAAUAUAUGCACCACAACAUGAAUAUAUAUAUAUAACUUGUAAGUAAAA